AUGAUCUCAAAAAGACAAGCUGCUAAACUUUUUGCCAUAUGUAUCCUGCUAACUAUUACCACAAAUUUUCCAUCCGGUUUUACAAAUUCGUCAAUCAACACCGCUGUGGAAGAGUUAAGAAGAUUUAUCAAUGAAAGUUAUAGUCAAAGAGAUGUGGCAUUAACAGAAGUUGAACAAACUUUAAUACGAUCUGGUACACUGAACUGCUGGUACAUUAUGCAGGUAUUUGGAUAUUUUUUUGCUCCGUUUUUAACGGAUCGUUACGGACGUAAAGUUGCAUAUCUUACGGCAACAACGGGAAUGUUGACUGCUGCAUGUCUGCAGUAUUUGGCUACACUUCUAGCGCUCCCAGAACUUUUGGUUGUUGGUCGAUCGUUAUGCGCAUUUUGUUCACCAAUUAGUGAUGCGUCUCUUCUACUGUAUCUUCAGGAAUGUUCACCACUCGAAAUGAGAGGCGCUUUUAGUUUCCUCUGUGAAAUCGGUUAUGGCUCGAUGUGUUUACUUGGGAUGGUGUUGGGUAUGAGGACUGUUCUUGGUGACUCCUUAUCUCGAUUGCUUGGAACGUCGAUUAUACCGCAGCUGUUUUUCAUCUCAUGUCUUAUAUUUAUUCCUGAAACUCCAAAAUACCUAAUGAUUACAAAGAACAAUCGAUCUGCAGCCUUAAAGUCACUGAAGUUCUUCCAAGGUGAAAGAAAGGAACAUGAAAAUUUACUUGAUGAAUAUGCUCAAGAGGCUUUGGAGGAAGGCAAUGCAAAAAGAAGCAGCAUAAGAGAAGUUAUAACAGUAUGGCACUUGCGACAGGCUGUCAUUCUCGGAAUUUUGGUUGUAGUACUUACACUAUCCUUCUUCCCAGUACUGCAGUCAUCAACAUACUUCUUUAUUAAGGCCAAUAUUGCCAACGGGAUCGCCGAACUUUCUUCGACGCUUUUGAUGCUGAUGAUGUCUAUGUCAUCCGUAACUGGAACAUUUCUGGUAGAUCGCUUUCCACGACGAAAACUUCUGUUUUUGUUUGCAUCCUUACAGAUGUUAUUUUUGUUGCUGUUCGUUAUAACUUCAACUCUGAGCAACUCCAUUUCUUGGCUUAAAUAUGCUUGUUUGGCGUCUAUGGGCAGCUUUAUUAUAGUUUAUUCAAUGGUUGUUGGUCCGAUGAGUUGGUUUAUAGCGUCCGAGUUGGUACCACAGCGUCACCGUUCCACUGUGUUCUGUCUAUGCUUUACAGUUGGGAACAUUUUGAUUGCGGCUACAAAUUUCGUUUCUAUCCCCUUGUACGAAGUAAGCUUUAUGCUAAAAAAAGAGCUUUUCUAUCUCUUUCAUUCCAAUAUCGCGCUUUCGGGUCCUUGA